GGGCCAAUUCCGAUGCAAAAUUGACCCUUCGUACCAUAUUAGUACCAUGUCAAAAUAAACGAACAGACCAUUUGAAGAUCGUAAAAACGCGCCAAGCCCAAGGCUUGAGCUUUUGGUCUGGAACUCCACCCUGAGGAGGGGCGAGCAUGUGGAAGUUUAAUUUUUUAAUUUUUUUGCUAUCAUCAGUAUCCAUUUGCCUACUUGAGUUAUUCAAAAGAAAUCUAGGAAUUUUCAAUCAUGACGGAUGGAACUCGGAGGGAGCACCCUCGUACACGACUAGCAAGAUUUGUCUUCGUGCCGUGGAGACCAUGGCAUUCUGUGGAUACAACUUCAAUGUUCAAUCAAGUCACUGGUAUGGGUUUUAGAUACGGAGAUCGCCGAUGGGUGUGAAGAAACAAAGAGUUUGACAUAGUGGAGUUCGAGAAGGAAAACGCUUCGUACUAUUGAUAGCAGAACAUCAACCCAUAAUUCCGAGGAGAUCCAUGGAUAUCGAGGCGGGUUCGUUCCAGUUUACUUUUCCCAAGCAGAAUGAGUGGCUAUAUCAGAGCAUAAUAUUACUCACCCAACGCCAACAAUCUUAUUCUACUAAGGCCAAAAGAAAAUUAAAUCAAGGUACGGAGUCAAAAAGGAAUAAAACAACGAAAACACAAAUACAUAUAACAAGGUAGAG